AUGAGGUUCUUCAAUGUCUUCGCGCAUCUCGUGCUUGCGAGUAGCUUGCUAGCCUCCUCAGUUUCUGCGCAAAAAAACAAUGGCAAAACCGACCUCGUCGAGUGGGAUCGUAGCUCCCUCUACAUAAACGGCGAGCGAGUCUAUGUAUUCGCGGGUGAAUUUCACUACCCGCGUCUUCCUGUCCCUGAGCUAUGGCUCGACAUCUUUCAGAAGCUGCGAGCGACUGGCUUUAAUGCCGUAUCAAUCUAUUUCUUCUGGGCAUACCAUUCUCCGAAUCCUGACACACUCGAUUUCACCACAGCUGCAUUGGAUAUUCAGAGGCUGUUCGACUACGCGAAGGAGGCCGGAAUUUGGAUCAUUACGAGAAGUGGACCUUAUAUUAAUGCUGAAACUAGUGCAGGCGGAGUAGCUUUAUGGACUACUACCGGCGCAUGGGGUAUACACAGGACCGAUGACGAGAAGUACCAUGAGGCGUGGUUACCAUUUAUCACGGAGGUAGGGAAGAUCUUUGCAAAGAAUUCGAUCGUAGAGGGAGGAAUGGCUAUUCUGAAUCAACACGAGAAUGAAUUCGUCGAGUCUUAUCAUGACCCCAAUUGGACGGGUGUGAAGUAUAUGGUCCAAAUCGAUGAAGCGUUUCAAAACGCAGGUGUUGUUGUUCCUUCUACACACAACGAGAAAGGAAUGAGAGGUCAAAGUUGGUCCACGGAUUACUUGGAUGUUGGCGGUUCAGUUGAUAUCUAUGGCUUGGACUCGUAUCCCAACGGAUUCAACUGCGCCAACCCAACUGGAGGAUUCAACAUUGUCAAGACCUACUAUCAAUGGUUUAAUAACUACUCACCAACUCAGCCUUCAUAUGUUCCUGAAUACCAAGGAGGCGCUUUUGACCCAUGGGGAGGUUAUGGCUUUGAAAAUUGCGCACAACUCACUGGUAACGAGUUUUCGGACGUGUUUUAUAAGACAUUAGUCGCGCAGAAGAUCUCACUGAUUAGUCUUUACAUGACUUACGGCGGAACCAACUGGGGGAGUGUUGCUGCACCUGUAGUGUAUACGUCUUAUGACUACGGAGCGCCAUUGACCGAGUCCCGUAUUAUCCGCGACAAGAUGCGCCAAAUUAAACUCUUGACAUUAUUCCUCAGAGUUAGCACCGAUCUUCGGGAAACAAACCAGCUUGGUAACGGUACAACGUUCACCAAUAACACUGCAAUUUACACAGUUCAUAACCGAAACCCGACAACCAAUGCUGGAUUUUACUGGGUCAAUCAAAACACUUCAAGUUCCCGAACCGUAGUAAAGUUCGGUCUGAAUGUUGAGACGAGUGCUGGAAAUUUAGUCGUUCCGAAUAUUCAGCUUGAUGGCAGAGAGAGCAAGUUUAUUGUCACUGAUUAUACCUUUGGAAAAUACGGACUCUUGUAUUCGUCUGCCGAGGUCUUAACUUUUGCCAUUAUUGAUGAUAGUCCGGUUUUGAUUCUUUAUGCAAAUGCGGGUCAAACCGUGGAGUUUGUACUUAAGGAUAUCACCGCGGCUCCGAAAGUAUUUGGAGAUGCUGCGAUUACUACGGAAACAUAUCUUACAAAGCAUACAAGAGUGACCUAUACUCAAGCCAGAGGUUCCUCAUUCAUUCAGUUCCCCAACGGCCCUCUCAUCCAAAUUGUCGACCGCAUCACAGGCUGGAACAUCUGGGCUCCAGCCCUCACCUCAAACCCCAAUGUCCACGCCGAUGAGCAACUUCUCGUAUCAGGACCUUACCUUGUUCGUUCGGCCACCCUCGAGGGAUCGGUUGCAGAGCUCCGAGGUGAUCUAAACUCAACAUCAACUAUUGAAGUUUUCGCUCCCAAGAAGAUCAAAUCCUUUAAAUGGAACGGCAGGACCCCAUCCGACAUUAAACGCACCUCAUAUGGUUCUCUCGUUGGUACCGCUGCCGGACCAGAGACACUCAGCUACAAUCUUCCCGAUCUGAAGAGUCUUAAGUGGAAAUUCAGCGACUCGAUCCCAGAGCGUCUAGUCGAUUAUGACGAUUCAAAAUGGGCACAUGCGAAUCACACCACCACAGAUAACGCACAGAAGCCGAAGACUCUUCCGGUGCUGUAUCCGGAUGACUACGGCUUCCACACCGGUAUCAAACUCUACCGCGGCUACUUUAACGGCAAGACAGCGAGCAGCGUUACACUCACUGCUAUUGGCGGGAGCGCAUUUGGAUACAGCACUUGGUUGAACGGGGAGUUUAUUGGUUCUUGGUCAGGAUCGCCUGCAAAUGCAAGUGCGACUCUCACCUUGUCGUUUACGAACAAAACUCUCCUCGAUACUGGGAAUGUAGUGUUUGUUGUGCUUGAUUACCAAGGUCACGAUCAAGACUCUGUUGGUCCUGAUGGCCCACGAAACCCCCGUGGGAUUAGUGAGGCAAGCUUGACUGGAGGAAAUACAACAUUUACUGAGUGGAGAUUAAUCGGAAAUGCUGGGGGUGAGUCGCCGGUGGAUAUGGUGAGAGGUGUGUAUAACGAGGGUGGAUUGAGGGCCGAGAGACUUGGCUGGGCGCUGCCUGGAUUCGAUGAUGGAAAAUGGAAACAAAAGAGCCCACUUGAGGGUGUAGUAGGUGCUGGUAUCGAGUUUUACCGAACCACCUUCCGUCUUUCAAUUCCCACAAAUCACGAUGUUCCCCUUGCCAUAGUUCUUGGUGCUCCGAAAACCACAAUCUCCAGAAUUCAGAUCUAUGUAAACGGAUACCAAUAUGGUAAAUACAUAUCCCACAUCGGCCCACAGACUGAAUUCCCGAUCCCACCGGGUAUCAUUAACAAUGGUGGAUGGAACACAAUUGGUGUCGCGAUCUGGGCACAGGAUGAAGCAGGUGCGGUGUUGGAGAGCCUAGAGUUGAAAGAGGUGGAUCGGUUUACUAGUUCUUUCAAAUUUGAUUUUGACGGUAAAUACUUACAACCAGAGUGGACAAAGGAGAGAUUGGACUUUGCUUAG